AUGGCUAACAGAAAUAUGCAGCAAACGAGGAUGCUGGGUGCAAACUCUCCACAGCCGGGAAGGCGAGGGACAGACUCCCCGGCUUCGUCAGAACAGACGUCGGGGAACAAAGACAGCCCAGCCCCGCCGCCGCAGCAGCAGCAGUCUCCCCCGGCUGAACAGAGCGAAGGAGCCGCGGAGGAAACGGGGGAAGGCCCGUCCAAAAUGACUUUCAACAUCGCGAGUUUUCUGAAGCCCGGAGAAAAUACCUUCACCCAGCGCGCCCGCCUGUUUGUAGGCAGCCUGCCGCUGGAUAUCACAGAGGAGGAGUUUAAAAACCUGUUCGCUAAAUACGGGAACGUUAGCGAGGUGUUCAUCAACAGAGAGCGGGGAUUCGGAUUCGUUCGUUUGGGAAGCCGAACACUGGCUGAGAUUGCGAAGGUCGAGUUAGACGGAACGGUAAUAAACAACAGAUCGCUAAAGGUCCGCUUUGCAACACAUGGAGCUGCCCUCACAGUCCGCAAUCUGUUGCCAGUAGUGACUAAUGAACUCCUGGAAGAGGCUUUCUCUCAGUUUGGGCCUGUGGAGCGGGCUCUUGUUGUGACAGACGACCGCGGCCGUUCCACUGGGAGAGGGAUCGUUGAGUUUGUGAAAAAAGUGGAUGCUCGUAAAGCCCUGGAGCGAUGCAACGAGGGAGCAAUGCUGCUCACUACCACUCCAUGUCCUGCCAUUGUUGAACCCAUGGAGCACUUGGAUAAUGAGGAUGGUCUCCCUGAGAAGCUGCUGCAGAAAACUCCAAAGUAUUACAAGGAGCGGGAACAGCCGCCCCGGUUUGCUCAGCCGGGCACCUUCGAGUUUGAAUACGCGUCUCGCUGGAAAGCUCUGGACGAGAUGGAGAAGCAGCAGCGAGAGCAGGUGGACCGGAACAUCAAAGAGGCCAAAGAGAAGCUGGAGUCGGAGCUGGAGGCCGCCAAAAACGAACACCAGCUCAUGUUGAUGCGACAAGAUCUGAUGAGACGUCAGGAGGAACUGAGGAGGCUGGAGGAGCUCCGCAACCAGGAGCUGCAGAGGAGAAAGCAGAUAGAGAUGAGGCACGAGGAGGAGCGGAGGAGGAGAGAGGAGGAGAUGAUGAGACACAGGGAGCAGGACGACAUGCGGCACCAACCAGAUGGGUUCAUACCAAACUACCAGGACAACAGGGAACAGGAAAUGAGAGUGGGCGAGCUCGGCCCUCGUGGAGCCGGUAAUAUGGGAGAUGGGUUUAACCAGGCCUCUGCGGGGCCCAGUGGUAACCAGGGUCAAAUGAUGGGCGUGAGUGGAAGGGGAGGAGCCAUUGCCCCAGAGGGAGCAACAAAUAUGGGGACACCUUUGAUGUCAGAGAAUGGAGCCAUGUGUAAUGACAGGUACCCUCAGGGUGGAUCAAUGGGGGGUCGACCUGAGGUGGAGUCCCCAAAGUUGCAGCAGGCGGCGGCGGUGUUGGGGCCCCAGGGUGGACCAGCUCCAGGAUACGGCAGGGGGAGUCCCGUUUCGGGCGUCUUUGACGGUCCAAACAGCAAACGCCGCAGAUACUAACGUCUAACUGUUCUUUAGGAUGCAAUGUCAUCGGCCCUCAUGUUUACCCGUCAACAUCAACGCUCCAGUUUGCUAAACAAAGUCGCAUGUUUUCUCUCCUUUAGUGGAUUUACUUUUUGAUUGAUUCUUUUUUAGCAUUUUUUUCCCCCUUCUCUCUCAUUCCAAUAAGACUAGUUGAUACAAACACAUUUAUUGGAAAACAAAAUAUUUUUAGCAUUUUUUGCAAACACUUUAUGAUGAGAGGUAUGGCUCCCUGGGGUGGACAUUAAUAAAAGUUCAAAUGUUCAGAUUCAUCAUUCUGCACCCGACUAAUAGAGGUUUAUGAAAGAGCGGCACAUGAGCUUUGUUUAGACACCCUCACUGUUUUUUUUUGUGUGGAAUUGCCUGCUAGUUACCUUUGACCAUGAAAGAAGAAACUCUAAACCAGAAAUGUCAAAAGGAUCUGGCUGCUUGCUUCACCUCUUUCUCAUUUUAUUCUGCAGGUUUGGUCAUUUUAGAACCAGCUUGCUUGUAGAAAAUGACGCC